AUGACUCUUACUCAAAUAGGACGCUUUGGUUUAUUGAUUACGAUACUUCUCUUAUUUGUUUAUGUUAUUGUAUUAAGCAUAACUAUCAAAAAUAAUAAAGAAUAUGUUUUGUCAUGGACACAUUUACUUAGAUUUAAUUCAUAUGAAAAUAAUCAUACAGUUAAUAAUUUAAUGAUAUCUUCUAUGAAUAGUGUAAAUCUACCAAAAAUACUUAUUGUAUUAGGUACACGUCCUGAAGGAAUUAAAUGUGCUCCUUUAAUUGCUGAAUUAAAAUCAGAUCGUUAUCGUUCAAGAUUUGAAGUUAUUGUACUUAGUACUGGUCAACAUCGACAAAUAUUACAACAAACAUUAAUUGCAUUUCAACAAAAAAUUGAUAUUAAUUUAGAUUUAAUGAUGUAUAAUCAAACAUUAACAGAAUUAUUUAGUCGAGUAUUUUCUAAAGUAAAUGAACAAAUAAAUAUUAUUCAUCCUAAUCUAUUAAUAGUACAAGGUGAUACAACAACAGCACUUGCUUCUUCUUUAGCUGCUGCAUAUAAUCAUAUUCCUGUUGCACAUGUUGAAGCAGGUCUUCGAUCAUUUAAUUUAUCAAAUCCUUAUCCAGAAGAACUUAAUCGAAAAAUAAUUGAUUCUUUUGCAAAAUUGAUGUUUGCUCCAACAACAUUUGCUAAAGAAGUACUUGUUCAAGAAGGUGUUUGUGAAACAGAUAUUUUUAUAACUGGAAAUACUGGUGUUGAUGCAUUUUAUGAAUAUCAUAAACGAAUAAAUACAACAAAAGAUGUAUCUAUAUUGAGAAUUAUUAAUAAUUUUAAGAAUAAUUCUAUAAAUGAAAAUAAUUCUAUUGUUAUUCUUGUUACUAUGCAUCGACGAGAAAAUUUUGAAUAUUUAUUUGAUAUGUGUCGUGCUAUUGCAACUAUAGCAAAAGAACAUGAAAAAAAUCUUCUUAUUAUUUUACCUGUUCAUCCAAAUCCAAAUGUAAAAAGUAUAAUAUUAAAAAGUUUAGAUGGAUUAAAAAAUGUAAAAGUUGUUGAUCCAAUAUCUUAUGAUAUAUUUGGACAUGUUUUAUUUCAAUCAGAUAUUAUUAUGACUGAUUCAGGUGGAAUUCAAGAAGAAGCAGUUAGUAUUGGUAAAACUGUUAUAUUAAUGAGAAUGACUACUGAAAGACCUGAAGGAAUAUAUCUUGGUACAAUUAAACAAAUUGGUAUUCUUUAUGAUGAAAUUGUACAAGCAGUUAAUCUAGAAUUGAUUAAUUUUAAAUCAAAAAAUCGAACAUUAAAAACAAAUAUUUUUGGUGAUGGAACAGCAUCAAAGAAAAUUGCAUCUAUUAUAGAUAAUUAUUUUUAUGAUCAACAUAAAUUAAAUUUAAAAUGUACAACAAAAUUUCGUCAAGAUUCUAUUGCACAAGUUGUAUAUUCUUAUUUAAAUCUAUCUCAUACAAAUAUUCAAUCACAUAAUAUUAGACGAAAUAUAAUAAAUAAUCUUACAAAAGUACGAGAUGCUCUUACUCUCAAUGAAUUGUUCAAUAUUCCUAGUCAAUAUAAUAUAUCAAAACAAAAUGAAGAGAAAUUUGCAGUUACUGCUAUUAUUGGAAUGUAUAAACGUGAAGGUUUAGUUCGAAGAUGGAUUGAAGCACUUCUUUUACAAACACAUCCACCUAAACAAAUAUGGAUUAUUUACUUUGCUUCACCUAUUGCACAUAAACUUAAGCUUGAAAUUGAAGAAAUACGAUCAUUGUUUAAUAAUGGAUCAAAUUAUUGUAAUGAUUUGUGUACAGAGAAAAAAUGUAAAAUGGACAAUACUGUGAAUAAUAAUAUUCGAUCUAGUUGUUUUGAUAAUUGUCUUAUCUUUUGUAUGAAAUUACCUUCAAUUCUAUUCGUAGGAAUGGGAGAAAUGCAAUUGAAAUAUUUUGGAAGAUUUCAACUUGCUCUUCAAUGUCAAACAAAAUACGUUGUCGUUUUCGAUGAUGAUUGUAUACCACAAACACGAUAUUUUGAAACAGCAUUGCAUACAAUUAAUACAGAACAAUAUCGAGGUAUUUUAGGAACUAAAGGUACUGCUGCUUCACCCAAUAUUUUCUAUGGUCCUGUAUCAAGAAGUAAUAAAAUAAUUGAAGCAGAUGUAGUUGGUGGAAGUUGGUUUAUGGAAAAUGAAUGGGUAAAACUUAUGUUUCAUGAUAAAAUGCAUUCAUGGAAUACUGGUGAAGAUUUUCAUUUAUGUGCAAAUGCACGUAAAUAUGCCAAUAUAAGAAGUUUUGUUAUGCCAGUUGAUAGAAAUGAUAUUUCUACUCAUUCUUUUCCAAAAGAUUAUCUAGCGAUCAGUGAUAGAGGUGAUACUACUGGACGAGUGGCUGGAACUGCAACAAGUAGAACAUAUAUUAAAGAUCAAUUAUGGUUACGUGGUGAUCGUUUAAUGCAUAGCUACCAAAAAUCAAAACCAUCAUUACUAAUAUAUGCAGAAACACAUAAUGAUGCAAUGAUUUUAAUAGGAUAUACACGACAAAAAAUGACUCAAAUUGGUGGUUCAAUUCAUUUUGUCACUUCAAAUGUCAUGAAAACUGAUUUGGAAACUAUUGAAAUAAAAAAAGUGGUUGAAUCUUUUCAUGAUUUUAUGAUUGGUCGUGAUUAUAAUACAAAUCCAACACCAAUCACUGCUGCUGCCGAAGUACUUUAUGCAUUUGAUAUGGUUAUGCAAGGUACACAAAGUACAGCUGUGAUUGUCAUAGGUUCUUCAUCAACAGUAACUAUGUUUGCAUUGGUUUCGGCAGCAUUCUUAAGAAAUAUUCCUAUUCUAAAUAUUUAUAUAGAGAAUAGUAUUAUCGAUCAAAGAAUAGCAAAAGUUAUCUUGACAAUGUCUUCAAUCACUAUUUGGACUUUCUCAAAUCGAACGUUUGGUAGCUCAGAAAGCCAGCAAUUAAAUGAUCUUUUAGUUCAUCUUUAUAAAUAA